AUGUAUUCCAGCGUGAUCAAAAUCCCUUGUUCCUCCGCCAAUAUUGGCCCAGGGUUUGAUGUAAUCGGCCUAGCAUUGUCCCUCCACUUGGAACUUCACGUCACCGUCGAGGACAAGCCCUCAUCCCAACUCCCAUUCAACUGCGCAAUUACCUAUGAGGACCAAAGCAAGAGUGUCGAGCAGAUCAGUCUCGACCCAGAAGUCAACUUGAUUACCCGUGUAGCCCUGUAUGUCCUCAGAUGCCACAGCCAGCGGGCAUUCCCCGUCGAGACCAAGGUCCACAUUAUCAAUCCUAUCCCGCUAGGUCGUGGUCUGGGCUCCUCGGGUACCGCUGUGGUCGCUGGUGUUAUGCUGGCUAAUGAAGUUGGUAAACUGUCCUUGAGCAAGGAGCGUUUGCUGGAUUACUGUUUGAUGAUUGAACGUCACCCCGAUAAUGUGGCUGCUUCCCUCUUCGGUGGGUUUGUCGGUACUUAUCUGAAUGAGCUUAAGCCCGAGGAUGUGGCACGGAAAGAGAUUCCUCUUAGUGAGGUCUUGCCUGCUCCCGCUGGUGGUGUUGACACCGGUAUCAGGCCCCCAGAGCCACCUAUGGCCAUUGGCCAUUACAGGAAGUUCAACUGGGCCCCGGAGAUCAAAGCCAUAGCUAUUAUUCCCAAUUUUGUGGUGCCUACUGCCAACGCGCGUAAUGUGCUCCCACAGACCUACUCAAGGGCCGAUGUGGUUUUCAACCUCCAGCGUGCGGCCCUCCUUCCCGCAGCCCUGGGCAGCUCCCCACCUGAUCCUGAUAUGAUCUUCCUUGCCAUGCAAGACAAAGUGCACCAGCCGUACCGCAAGACCCUGAUCCCUGGUCUGACAGAGAUUCUCCAAUUCAUGACCCCCGCCUCGCAACCCGGUCUGCUGGGAAUUUGUCUGUCCGGCGCUGGACCAACCAUCUUGGCGUUGGCCACGGAGCGCUUCGAUGAGAUCGCUGACCGCAUCAUCGCACAGUUCGCUUCCAACAACAUCACCUGCCAAUGGAAGCUGCUGGAGCCCGCCCAGGAUGGCGCUACUGUGACCUACAACUAA